UCGAAACAUCACUAAUAGUUGGUAACGCAGCAGAUUGGUAAAUUUUGUCAGACUUCGCUUUUUGGGUUUACAUUUUAAUUAAUUUCAAUUUUAUGCUAAACACCUAAAUUAUUUUGGAAAAUUUAUGAAACGUUUAAAAGUAAGUGAUAACUUUUGAAAUUGGACAUGUCUGCGCCAGAUAUAAUGAAAAGUGCGGUGCCCGUUGCGACUGAUGCAAACAAUGCACCGGUGGGAGCUGUCACUGUUACCUCAAGUGCACCCGUCAUAACUACCGGAACUCCAUUUCGCGUAAAAAGUUUACAGGCCAUGAAUACACCAGCACCAGUAGGCGAAGCAGCUGCCGGUACAAAUUCUACGUUAGCUACCAAGGGAAAACCAUUACCCAAAGCCCCUGAAGCGUUUUAUCGCGACCUACAACAAUUUCACGAGCGUCGUUCCACACCUAUAAUGCAUAUGCCUAAAAUUAGUGGUCGUGAAGUGGAUCUACACCGACUUUACAGUGAAGUGACUGAACGUGGUGGCUUCAGCAAGGUAAAUCAACGUGACGAAUGGGACGAUGUUUUGCCGGAAUUAGGAAUACGCGAUAAAUGCGUAAAUGCGACAGCUGCAAUUAAGUAUAUUUACAGACGCUGCCUGGAAAAGUAUGAACGCCAGACAUUUUUUGGUGAAGAUCCGGACAAAUUAGAAGCUCUUGAAUCUGCCGACGCCAUGGACGGCGGUGCGCGUUCGCGAAACCGAUACCCUACUUCCGUAUAUGCAAGCAGCGGCGGUAAUGUGGUUGUGAACACUGUGCCCAUGUCUUACAAUUACCGACAACAUAUUGUGAAUAUGGAUCGCCGGCGUACCUAUAAAUUGUCAACGGAUUUGCAUAAAGCCUCGCCGUACGAAAAGCUAAUGCUUUCGCUUAUUUCACCGCUUCCUAAUGAACAAGACUUUGCCAUUAAUGUUUGUUCAUUAAUGGCCAACGAAAGUAAGCAUACAUUAAAGUUGAAUGAGCAUCCUAAAAUGAUGGAUGUACUGCUCGCUCAUACUGGCGUCUUCUCGGAUUACACAUUGAGAAAAUUAUUCCAACACAUUUACACACAAGUUCGCGAACAUUCCCUUUUUGAAUUUUGGCGUGAUCUUUUGCGAGAUAAACCACAUGUUUUGGACUUAUACACUGAUGAACAGGCUAUGCGCGAAGCUGGUCUCAUCGAUGAUGAAGAUAUUAUUAUGGACUCUAAAAAGCUUGCUUAUUUCGAGGAUUCUAGUGACUUAGACUUCUUAAACUUGGGGCGGGGUGAGGGCACACAGGAGUAUGUGGGCCAACGAAUUCAGCAAAUUGUGACCAUCUUUCGAAAUCUUAGCUUCUUUGAAGAAAAUUUGCAUGUUUUUGCAAAAAAUCGCACUUUUUUGCGCUUUAUAGUAAUGGGCGCAAACAUACGCUGGGGUAAUUUACACAACCAAAUAUUGGAUAUAGCGGGAAAUAUAGCAACCGAAAUCGAACUCACAGAUCCCUCUACGGACGAAGUCUCGCGCAGUCUUUUGGCAACCCUUUGUGACGGCAUUGAGAGCAUGGAUCGCGGAGUCAUUAUCAAUAGCAUGGAGAUAUUGUACAAAUUGUGUCAGAAGGAUAGCAAUGAGGAUCACAUUAACAAGUGUUUGAGUUUACAAUUUUAUGAAACAAUUUGCCAAUUUCUAAGCCUCAAUGAUAUCAUGCUGCUGAUAUUUACCCUGGAAGCUAUCUUCGCUCUUACUUCAAUGGGUAAUCGAUCCUGUCAUCUUAUAAUGCAAGUGCGAGGCAUAGUUGACCAAUUAGUCUCCUUGAUAACAGUCGAAGCACAGUCAUACGGGCCGGACGGUUGUAUUCUAAUGAGAGUUGUGGAAACAGUGCCGGGAAAUAUGUUGCCAAUGGUUGCUCAAAAUAUUGCGAAUUUGCAAAAUGCUGCAGUAAUACAGAAACCACCAACACAUGUGCUCGCUCUGCCAAUGCAGCUGCCAGCACCUCAGCCGCCAGUUCCGAUUCCCGUAAUUCUGCCUCAGAUAAAUUCCUCGAUAAUAACCCAUCCGCAGUUACCGACUGUGCCACUGCCUUCUGAUUCUACAGAUUCUGUUCCAAAUCUACAACAGCAAACACCUAUCAUUGACCAGACAAUUAGUACACAUUCACAAACAACAGCACCGCAGCAACAACCCACAACAGCGCAACAACAAACACCAGCGGCAACACAUCAUCAACCAAAUCCGCCCCAAAACUUCACUCCCGAAGACGAACAAUAUGCAUUGACCUGGCUAGGAGCUACGGUCGAACGUACGCCAACUGCAGAGAGUCAUGUUGAGCAACAGGAGCUAUAUCGCAUGUACUUAGCACACUGUCAAAAGUACGGCAAGCAUUCCGUGGUGAAUAAUGUACAAUUUCCACGACUUGUGCGUUUGAUUUACAGCAGCGGCGUGGGUCCUGUCUCCGUGCGUCUCAACGAUGGCACCGAUUUGGCAGGUCUUUACUAUGUCGGCAUUCGUUUACGCACACAGUCUUUACCAAUACAAACCACCAAAACACUGCUAACCCAGCCAAAGCUACAGGAAGGUAAAUUGCCUACAAAGCCAGCUGCAAAUGAUAGUACAGUCUUUGCUGCAGCUUCUGGUCGAAAACUGAAAAAGAAGCCGAAAUCGCAGCAAGACGCAGACGUAACAUCUGGAGAAGCAUCAAACGGCACUUCAGUUUCCACCACAGGGACAACAGCUACUCAAGAGUCAGAUAACACUAAUCAAAAUGUGAAAGAUGAAGUGCCAUCAAUAGCUACAACAACUUCAAGCAAUUCAACAGUUGGCGGCAAUUCUGUGUUACUAGUUCAAUCUGGAAGCACAUCCUCUGCGCAUUCUAUAGCUUUGCAACAAUCCGCAGAUACAUCUGCUCAACCGUCUACGUCUCUAAUUAAAAGUUUAUUAGCCAACAAAGUGACCCAGCGUCAGCAAAAAAAUCAAAAGGAAUUGAAUACAAAUACCACAGGCCCACAGCAGGCACAGUCAAGCACAUCGACAAAUGUUUCAGCAAUCGCGCAAGCGCAGCAGCCUAUAAAAGUCGCUAGCACCGCUAUAAGUGCUUUGGUAAAUAAUCCGCUAAUGCAAAAUACCCCUGUAAAGGUUGGACAAACCACAAUAAAACCAUUAAACGCACAAAUUCCACUGGAAAAGAAGACAAUAUUAGAGUCUACACCCCCGCCAUUGGCACCGCUCAGCGGUAAUAACGUCGCCAAGGAUUCUAGUGGGCGUCCAGUGAUAAUUACUAAUCAAACAACAACCGCUAUCGUCAAGCGCAAAUUAGAAGAUAGCUCGGAGCCUGCAAAACGCAUGGCUUUAAAUCCGUUGAGUAGCAAAGAGGAAGAUCAAGUAACUCCAUCGAAGAAUGCCGCAAAUUUAUAUGCCGAGAUGGCUGCGUCCAUACUUGAAGAUGAGGAUCUCGAAGAUAUACCACCGCUACCGACGGUAUCAACAGCACCAUCGACAUCUACCCCCGCAGCACAGUCAACAUUGACUGAACCAAUACAGCAGCAACAGCCUCAGCAAAUUCUUAUACCAGCUAAAAUUCAACAGGCCACCGUACAGGGCGUACAACGACAGCUCCUUUUCCAGACGAAUCAGCCACCUCAACUAAAACUUACUACACAUAGUGGGGUUGCGUCGCCAGCAACGCAGCUGCCCACAGCCAUGGCUACCAUAAAAACCGAUCAGGGUUUGCAAACCGUACCGGUAAUUCUACAGCAGAAGGCGCUUGAACAACCGCAACAGCAACAACUUAUACAACAAGUUAUCACACAAAAUGUACCACAGUCAGCGCCGCAACAGCAGCCAACUCAAUAUGUACUAGCCACAAAUCAACAGGGUCAGACCUAUCUUGUGGCACAGCAGCCGCAACCACCCCAACCUCCCCCACAGCAAACAGUUUUGGUCACACAAACGCCACAACAGCAAUCGGCCGGUACUAAAACAAUUAUUAUUUUACAACAACAAUCGCUGCCGGGUCAACAAUCACAUCAACCACAGCCGCAGCUGAUUGCUGGCGCACCACAAAAAAUGAUAAUGACAACUUCUCAGGGACAGCAAGUGCUCGUAACACAGCGUCCACAACCUGCUCUGCCCGCGCCUACAACACAGCAAUACUUCAUAAAUCCACAAACAGGCACUGCCACACAUAUUCAACAUGUACCGGUUUCUAGCAGUGGCAUCUCUACCAGCGUAUCGGGCAACAACCAACUACUGCAGCGGCAUCAAAUAUUAUCUACGCAGUCAACUAAUAAUUCUACCACGCAGUCGACCACGGGACAGAUUUCGCCGUCAUUGCUGUCGCAACUCAACCAUAUCCCAGCUACCAUAAAGCUUCAUCAACCGCAAAUGCCUGCAACAACAGUACAAUCAUCGGCACAUCAGCACCAAACGGCGACAAUUUCACGUUUGGGCAAGACGGUUUCUAUUGUGCAGGCAACACCGGCUUUGGCACCGCCACCGCCUCCCAUUCAAAUACCACAACUGCAACAACAUCAAUCGAUUAUACAACAACACAUCAUAUCGGGGCCAUCUGAGAAACGGCAGAUGAUACUUGGUGGAAGAGCUAUCGAAAUAAAGGAGACGGUGAUUACACAAGCACCACCGCCAGCACAGCAAAGUCAAUUAAACUCCCAAACCAUUAUAACAAAACAAGUAUUACCGCAGCAACAACAACAGCAACAGUCACAACAAAUGCGCGCUGUCAUAGAGCAACCACAUCCCUCGAUUAUACAACAGAAAUUCACCUUGCAACAGCAACCACAAAAGACCGGCGAGCAUCCCAGUUUAAUUCAAGCCACUUUACCGGUCAAACCACAGCCUGUGGUUCAGACUGUAGUCCAGCAACCAGCACCCUCGCAGUCGCCAUUGCCAGGCAAUAAAGCACCGGCUGUUCAACCAGUUAGAGCACCAACACCACAGCAACAGCAACAGCAACAACAACAAGUUUCGGUUUCUUCUGCCAACAACAAGCCAAUUGGCUCCGAUCCACCACCACUAGCGCAGUCUACACGCCCAACAAUUGGCGUUCAUCCACAGCAGCAACAGUUUCAACAGAAUGAAACUGCAAAUACGGGGGCCAAUUCGUCAUUGACAACAACUGCUGCGAGUGCAUCUACAGUCGCUACAACAACUGCAGUUGCAGCAUCAAAUUCGAGUACGCCGCCACCGCCAUCAAACGUGGCUAGCACGUCGCAAACCCCAAUACCCAAACCGACACUUCCCGUCCCCCUACUGCCCCAAGUGCAGUUGCCGCCAGGAGUGGUAGCGGGUGCAGCAGCAAAUGCAACACCACCAUUAGAUCCUAACUGGCUUUUCGUUUGCGAUUGGCGCAAUUGUCCGCGACGCAAGUAUAAAUCACUUAACGACUUGCAACAUCAUGCUUGCUCGCUGCAUUGCCCUGACCACCUGGAUCCCGCAGCGGAGAUCUUUUGUCAAUGGGGUGUGGGUCCUGGACUUUGCGAUGGCAUACCACGUAAACGUUUUUCGCUGAUGACACACAUCAUAGAUCGACAUUUGACGAACGAAAGUUUACGCGCCGCAAUGCAACGACGCAUUGCAACGGGCACGGUCAAUCUGCAACCGUCGCAGCCGCCGGUAACAAUCGUACGGAACGUAGAGGCUGCCCAAGCGCAGGCGCAACGCAACAAUUCUUCCUCGCCAGCGCCAUCGACUUCGUCCUCAUCCUCAGGUUCACAGCCGACUGGCAUUGGAAGUGCCACAGGCAGUUCAGCUUUGCACGCCAUUAAGCGACAUACGGCGGAUUAUGUUAAUCCCAAGGAGUUAAUGGACGAAAAUGAAGGUCCGGUAACGAAAAGUAUACGGCUAACCGCCGCUUUGAUAUUAAGGAAUCUCGUUACAUACACCAACACUGCAAAACGUGACUUGCGUCGUUACGAGCCGCAUCUGUCCAAUGUUGCUUUGAGCAAUGUAGAAUCUAGUGGCGCAGUUUCGCAUAUUCUAUUUGAAAUGAACAAUUAAUUGCAUGUAUGACUGGACCAUAUUCUGCAAUUUUUACUUAACAUUUUCUACAUCUUUAAGUAUGUACGGUACAUAACAUAAAAUAACAAAGCAUUUCAAACAGCUAUUUUGAUUUAACCAUAAAUUACGCCUUUCCAAGUUUACCAGGCUAUCCUGGGUACAUUUAUACUUUAUUAAUUAAAAAUAAAUAUUAAAGAAAA